AAUACGAAAAGGUUCCAUUCCAUUGCCAUCCAUUUCUUUUUGUAUUUAUUUAUUUUAAUUUUUAUAAGAGUUUAAUCAUUUAAUUAUUCAAUAAGCAAACCUGGUUGAUUUCUCCAUCGGCUGAAUUUGCAGGAUAGAAAGAUUCAAUCCUGAUUCAUAUUUCUCCAGCUGGUAAGAAAUCAUCCACGAUGUUUACAAGAAUUUUUGGAAAGCCUAAGCAAGAGACGAAUGCUCUGGCAACGUUAGAUAAGUUAAACGAGACUCUUGAAAUGCUUGAGAAAAAAGAGAAAGUUCUCUUGAAGAAGGCUGCGACUGAAGUUGAAAGGGCCAAAGAGUUCACCCGAGCUAAAAAUAAAAGGGCUGCAAUACAAUGUUUGAAGAGAAAAAGGCUUUAUGAACAACAAAUUGAACAGCUUGGAAAUUUCCAGUUGCGAAUUCAUGAUCAGAUGAUAAUGCUAGAAGGAGCAAAAGCUACCACAGAAACUGUAGAUGCUUUGAGAACAGGAGCAGCUGCAAUGAAGGCUAUGCAGAAGGCAACCAAUAUCGAUGACGUGGACAAGACAAUGGAUGAAAUCAACGAGCAGACAGAAAACAUGAAACAAAUUCAAGAAGCUUUAUCCACGCCUAUUGGUGCAGCAGCUGAUUUUGAUGAAGAUGAAUUGGAGGCAGAGCUCGAAGAACUCGAAGGAACUGAGCUGGAGGAACAGCUCUUGCAACCUGCAACAACAGCUCCUGCAGCUCCUGUUCGAGUGCCUGCAGGAAGGCAACCAGCGAAGAAGGUUGAAGACGAUGAUGAUGAGUUGGCUGAAUUGCAGAGAGAGAUGGCCCUUUAAGGAGAUUUAAACUCCAAAGUCCAGUGGAACUGUAAAAUUCUUUCUGUAUAAUGGAGAGCCGUAGCUUGAGCUGCUGUGUCCAUAUUUCAGAUCAAAUUUCGAUGUGCGUUUCUUUGUUUGGAAAGAAAGAAACCUGUAUAGAUUAUAUCAAGAAAAACUAUUCUUCAAUUUGGGAGGGAGGAAGUGUGCUGCUGCAAGCUUUUAUUGUACUAAACUUAUGGCAUUGGCUUCUGUAUUGGAAUGCCCUAUUUUCUACAUAAUCUCUUGAUCAUUUGCAUUCA